CCCCUCAAAGUACUCGAUGUAUAGUUAAAAAAUGGGAGGGCACACUUGAACCGAGCUGCUCUAUGAAGGUAGGCUGCAGCGUGUGUUUAUUGAUGAGAUGAAAAGAAGAUGGAAGUGAGAAAUGAACAAAGUAAAGGAACAUACUGAAACAAACUAAAACGCGCUUCGUCGGGGGAAAACAGGGGGAGCCGUGGAAACGCUGUCGCCACUUUUUGAACGAGCUUCGAAGUGCAGAGCAACACAUGAUUUGGACAGAGAGGACUGACAGCCUUGCCUAGCACCGGGCCUCUGAUCAGCCAUCUCCACCAGCAAACUGAAGCUUGACCCACACUUCAUCACCAGCCACACAAGCAUCACAAGCAACACAGCGUCAUCUAACUGUGACAUCAGUUGCAAGGGGAUGACCGAGCGCAUUCAUAACAUCAAUCUUCACAACUUCAGCAAUUCUGUACUUGAGACCCUCAAUGAGCAGCGCAACCGUGGGCACUUCUGUGACGUGACUGUUCGGAUCCAUGGAAGUAUGCUGCGAGCUCACCGGUGCGUGCUGGCUGCUGGAAGCCCCUUCUUUCAGGACAAGCUGCUGUUGGGCUACAGCGACAUUGAGAUCCCCUCUGUGGUCUCAGUGCAAUCCAUCCAAAAGCUGAUUGACUUUAUGUACAGUGGGAUUCUGCGGGUAUCUCAGUCAGAGGCUCUGCAGAUCCUUACUGCUGCCAGCAUCCUACAGAUUAAGACCGUCAUUGAUGAGUGUACCCGCAUCGUGUCCCAGAAUGUGGGCCUGGCCGGUCCGGGGGGCUUCCCUGUUAUACCAGGUGAUUCUGGUCAGGAAACUCCCCGUGGCACACCGGAGUCUGGCACCUCUGGGCCCAGCAGUGACGCAGAGUCAGGCUAUAUGCAAGCAACAUCACAGCAAAGUGUGGAUCGUGCAUACACAUCACUGUACUCCUACCCUGGCCUCUCUCUGCAGAAUGGAACCCGUGAGCGCCCCCUUUACAUUAACCCUCUGUCAACAAAUUAUGAUACGACUCUCAGCACUCAGAAGGACCAGCAAUCUCAAGAUCCACCCUGGAUAAACCGUAUCCAGGAGAGAUCCCAGCAGGUCGACCGCUUCAUCUCCACAGCAGAGUCCACUCACUGCCGCAAGCAACCCCGACCGGUACGCAUACAAACAGGAGGGAUGCACAUAAAACAGGAGGCCGAAGAUGAGUACAGCUGCUAUGACAAUAUGGUGGACUGCCAAGACGACACUGACCACACCGAAGGCGUAGAGAGUGAAUCCAAGGUUGAAAGUUUUGACUCAGGGGUGAGCUCCUCCAUCAGUACUGAGCCAGAUACCAUGGAGCAGAAGCCGUACCUGACGGCCUUUGGCCGAGAGGAGGGCGGGGAAGGGAAUCAUGGUGAAGGAGCUCCAAUGCAGAUAGUGGUCAAUGACUCGUCCCCUGAGCAAGUGCAAGAGACAGAGGACGGGGACACAUCCCACAGCACUAGUGACAGUAGCAUGAUGCAGCCCCCGCCAAACUCAGUCAAACUCAGUCCCAUGUCCCAGUACAUGCGCCAGGUAGAAUCACACACCAGCAAUCUGAGGAUGCCGAUCACCGUGACCAGCAAUUCCCAAGUGAUGGGCACUGCUGGAAGCACCUUCCUGCCCACACUCUUUCCUACACAGCCGGCUAGAGACCACAAGAAUUACCUUUACCUUCCUGGCCAACAGCAACCCCAGUUUGUGGCAGUGCCGCCCCCUGCAAUGCCAUCAUUCCCGAACCCAAUGUCGGUACAGCAAGCGCCAGCACAGCAGCAGCAGGCUGCCGGAGGAAUUGGUCAGGGGGAAAAGAAGCCCUAUGAAUGCACUCUCUGCAGUAAAACCUUUACUGCAAAACAGAACUACGUCAAACACAUGUUUGUCCAUACUGGUGAGAAGCCUCAUCAGUGCAGCAUCUGCUGGCGCUCAUUCUCCCUGAAGGAUUACUUAAUUAAACAUAUGGUGACACACACAGGGGUGCGAGCCUACCAGUGCAGCAUCUGCAACAAGCGUUUCACCCAGAAGAGCUCUCUCAAUGUCCACAUGCGGCUGCACCGUGGAGAGAAGUCCUAUGAGUGCUAUAUCUGCAAGAAGAAGUUCUCACACAAGACCCUGCUGGAGAGGCACAUGGCCCUGCACAGCACAGCCAGCGCCAUCACAGGGCUGCCGGUUAGUGCAGGUAACCCGGGCCCCGUCUCCAUCCCCAUGCCUAUGGCUGUCCCUGAGCCUGGAGCUGGAGUGGUGGCCCUCGCCAUGCCAGUAAGUGGAGGUGCUGGAGUAGGGGCUGGGGUUGGAACAGGAGUGGGUGUAGCUGCAGAAGCGAGUUGCCAAGAAGGGACCACCUACGUGUGCUCCGUCUGCCCUGCCAAGUUCGACCAAAUGGAGCUCUUCAAUGACCACAUGCGAAUGCAUGUCUCCGAUGGAUAAGUACAAAUAGAUAAACUUCUUUCAAAAAGAAUGACAAAUGAAAUGGCACUAGAUUUUCCUUUUCUUAUUUUGAGGUAUGAAGAGUAAUGAGUAUAGACACUGGCACAUUAAGUUUCCCAAAAAAAAAAGAUUUUUUUUUUCUGUUGUUCUAAAAGAAAAAAAAGAUGGUGGCCUUAAGGCUUAGUAGUUUGAUAUUGAUCUACUGGAUGGAUCCUAACUACAGGCCUCUAAAUGUAUGCUUUCCUAAAAUACUGAUUUAUGUGUUGAACACUACCGAAAGGCCUACGAAAGAAACACAUACACACAAACACACCUUUAGUGUAGAUACGUCUGAAUGAAUAUACAUGUGCAAAUAUGUUUGAGCGUUUGUGUAUUUGCAUGUGUCCGUCUGUUUGUCCAAGUGUGUGUGUGUGUGUGUGUGUGUGUGUGUGUGUGUGUGUGUGUGUGUGUGUGUACAUUGCCAUGAGACAUAAAUCAUGGCAGUUGUGAACCCAUACUGACCAGUUUGGAAACUAUAGAUGUCCAAGCUUACUGUGGUAUAAUUUACAACGACAAUAACAAAAAAAUCAUCUGGGGUUGGGCUACAUAUUCCCUCUAAAAAUACUGAUGGUCACAAGAUUGCCUUCUCAUAUAAAAUAAAAAAAGGAGAGUAGUUAAUUUGACACUGGGUUUUAUUUAUUCCUAUGGUAUUAAGGGAUUAUAAUGCAGCUGUUGUCAAGGUACCAAUUUCAAUCAUUUUACUCAAAUGUAACUUCCUAUCAGUGGUGAUAGGGGACAAAUGUUUCUCACAUGUUUUAUAAUUACUGUCCAUGCAUUUUGAUGGUUAAUAUUACGUUUACUAAAUUACGGUGUGUUGAUGAGACAGUAUUUGAGCAAAAAUAUGUUUCUUUUUUUCUGAAGUUUGGAGUUUAACUCAUUUGCAUACACUGCCACUAAUAUCUUAAAAGACUGUUAAGGCUAGUAGACCUCUUCCAUUUCAAAACAUAAGAAAAAAAGAAAGAUUCUUUUGCUGAUGGUUUUUUUUAGCCUUUUACAUUCACAGUUUAUGGCAGGCUGGAAUAUGCGACUAAACUCUCUCCUUCAUAAUUGCUGCUCCUCAACUUGCACCUGACUGUUAUGGGAUAUAGAUUAAAAAAAAACUAACUAAAGAGAAUUGUCACUUCAACUAUUGCUGUUGUUGAGUAGCCCAUAUGGUUUUAAUUUGAUAAUUGAAUUACAACAUUGUGGGGCGGGGUGGGUGGUUGCGGGUUGUUAGGCUAGUUGUUGAUUGGAACAGUGUCGUAAAAAAGAAAAGGGGUAAUUUAAUUUGAAUGAAUUCUAUAAUGAAAAUAAAUGGCAUCCUGAUCCGAGAACCCCAUGUAUAACCUGUUCACUGCUAUUGCAAAGCUAUUUCAGCAGGUGGGAGCUAAAUGCAAUUACUCUUUAUGCAUUUACUCUCUGCAGGCUCAAAUGGCAUGCAACGUUUUGAAAGGAAAUUGACUGAGUGAUAACACACUGUUUCAUGAUAUACCACAAGUUGCAGAUGGACUUUCUAGACAAUAGCAUACAUUCCUGAUUUUUCUAAAAACCUAGACACAGCAUGUACAGAAUAGAUUUGGAAGCUAGUGUGCGCAAGUUGUCAUCCAUACAUCACAUCACUUAAGGCUCAUUUCUGAUAUUUAAAAUUCUUUUAUAUUGCUUUUUAUCCAAAAUAGGACACACACAGACACACACACACAUGCAACUGCCUGCAACUGCAAUCUGAAGGAUUUGUUCAUGUAUGUGAGCAAACACUUUCGUAGUUGUAUUGUUAAAAAAAAAAAAAAACUAACUGCAUACUGGGGUCUUAAAAAGACCUGCUGUCAAUUCAAAAAAAAAAAUAAAGUGCUACUUUGCACAUUUUCUUAAAAUGCCUGUGCUUAAUAUUUAAUCAUUUUCCUGAAAUGAACUUCUAUGAUUUUCUUUUAUUCAAUUUCAAAGGAAAAAAAACAUUUUUUUUUUUUUUUUAAAAAUCCUGAUAAGUGGACUGCAUUAUUUUCUUGCAUAUAUGUUGCACUGCUUAAACCAAUAAGUGCACUACUGUUAACAGAGAUAUUAUAGUUUUAGAAAAGAGGAUUUUUUUAAAUCUAACAUUUGGUUGUAGACUUCACAUGUAAUAGAAUAGCUUUGUUUCAAUUUCUACAUUAAGUAAUUCAGCAGUUCUUGGCUUUUGUUAUUGCUUGCAGUUACCUACAGUAUAUACUUGUGCCGUGUUAAUGCAAGCAUUUAUUUUUAUUUAAACCUGUACCAUUACGUGUGCUCAUCUACGUUUUAACCUUUUUAAUUCACUCUUCUUCAGAGUCAGCUCCCUAUAACAGUUUGUUUGAUUGCAUUUCUUUAGAAACAGAACAGAAUUUUCCUAUGGGAACAUCCAAGCCAAACAACAUUAACAGUGAAACGACAACAGUAAUAAUAAAUAAAAUCCCUUCCAACUCUGUUGGCGGUGGUAAUAAUAAUAACUAUUAUUAUAUUAUUAACAAUAAUACAUUUAUAAUGCGUGUGUGUGUGUAACAUAAAUGAUAUGUGUGUCCUAGAACAACUUUCUGUGGGUGUAAAGGUGUGGGGAGGUGAUGGAAUGCAGCUUCUUUGAUAUCUGUCUGUCAGUAGUUGUGUCCCUUCCUUAGUGUUUGUAUGUCUGUGAGUGUCUGUGAGUGGUAUAUAGCCUAAUCAAAUUGUUGAUAAGUGGAAUAUCUGAACUGUAGGGCUUCCUUUGCAAUAUGCAGCGCAGGUACUAUGAGAAGCAGCUCCCCAAACCGUUUGGGCUAAUAAGGCACCUGUAACAUUUGUUCUGAGAUCUGACUAAAGCUUAGGUCAAGUACUGUUGACUUCAGUUGUGUCGAGAGUUCUGAUGCUAAAUUUCUUGUAAUUACCAGUAGAUGAAAUCAAGUGACGAUCAUGUGAGACCUGGAGAGAUAUAUUCUCCACAGCUUAAGAAAAAAAAUUGAUCACAUAUGAGAAAUGUACUGAAAAGUCCUCAGUAAAAGUAGCACAUUAUUAAACAUUUGAUUGGGCCUGUCUCUUAUGGUGUGCAUAUAAGCCUAAAUUGUAUGGUUCCUGUUCGUAGCUGUUGUUGCCAGGAUGGCAAUAUUGCUGCAUGCUAGUGCUAUAUUUGUCUCUACACAGCACGUGGAGGGUAAUCUCAUGCCUUAACAGACAAUGCACUAAAUAGAAUAUGUAAGCAACUGCCGAGAUCUCUUUCCAACAGUAUUGCCACAUGUAAUGGCACACAGCUCAUGAUGUUGGUGUUUGUUGUCUGUUCAGUACCAAGUUAAACACUGCCAAACUAACAUCAUCACGUCGUUAACAGCAAAGGCAGAGACAUUAAUUGAAUUGUUUCAGUGUAGUGUGUGUAUUCAGUAAUCUAGCAUUCCUUCAUGGCACCUAAAUUUUACAUAUUUUGUGUAAACACAUAUAUCAAAUGCACUAUUGACUGUAGCUAGAUGAGUACAACCAGCUUUGUGGUAUCAUUGGUCUAAAUAGUAGGUUAAGUAGCUCGAUGUUGGUUUUUUGAACUAUUUGAUUUCUGAAUUACACUAUCAAUUGUUUCUCUAUCACUUUUUUUGGAAUAACAAAAGUAGCCAAUCUCAACGUUAUCUGGAUGAGGGCUAAUAACUCGUCCCAUCGUCAGUUGACUUCUUGUAUCAUAAGGUGUUUUGAUAGCAGACCAGGCUCGGAAGGGGAAGAACCUUCUCUCCAGUGUUGUCAUAACGUGCUAUAGCAUACCCAGGCUUUUUUCCCUCCCCUGUUGCAAUAGCAUCACAUGCUCUUCACUGUCCAUAGUUAUAUAUUCCUUAUACUGCUUCAGCUACUCGUGGUGGUGCUUAAUUCUCUUUUUCUCAGUGUUGCAAAAAAAGCGUCAGUUAAAAAUUGUUGAAAAGUUGCAACAUUAUCCAGAAAAUAAGUCCUUAUCUCAAUCGUGCUUCUUCUAGUUGUUAGUCUAGACUUUAUGUUUGCAAAGUGUGCGCAUAUUUUCCAGAACAAAACAUAUUGAAAAAGUAGAUAAUAGCCUUUGAGCCUGCAGCUGUUUGUAUUGUGUUUCAAAUAUAUUCCUGUUUACGUUUUGUUUAUCUUAGUGUAGAGACACAGGGUACAUUGUUGUCCUUCUUGCAGUAAGUUUAAUUCAUUGUUCUUUAUUUCAGAAUUCCUCCUGCUUUUCUCUGGUGGUCAUAGUGGUUGUUGUUUAUACAUACAUAGCUUCACGCGACUGGAUAAAGGAUAGUCGGUUAUUUUUCACGGUGUACUAUAUAUGCAUAUAUGCUUUGCGUCGAGAUGAAAACAAGGAAAUGGAAGAUAGUAAUGGUGAGGGUCAUGUUGAGUAAGGAACAGGUUCAUUUUACUCGGAUAAGCAUGUGUCUGUCUUCCUGUUUGUCUUUCAGUCUGUCUCCACACAUUUUAAGUCAGAUCUUUUUUUUUUUGUAUUUAGGCAUGAAUAAAGUCACAAAGUAAAAUACAGAAAACACAUGAAACCAUUCAGAUAACUGCAUUUUCUGUCCUUCUACAGUACAGAGUGAAAUAGAUAACUUCUUACAGAUAUACUAUAUAUAUUUUAAGUAUCACCAUCUCCACACAGAUGAAUAAUACAUUUUGAGAUAGUUUGAUAAUUGCAGCUAGAGUAUACAAUACCUUGUGGGAUAUAGGGAAUAUGCCUAUCAAGUGCCUAUCCGUACAUACAGCAACUAUACAGAAUAUUCAUAGUUUUUCUCUCCUACAUUGCACAAAUACAGUAUAUACACAAUGGACUAUUAAAAAUAUACUAUUUAUACUAUUACUGCUAAAAAAAAAAAACCUGGUGGUUGUGAAUGCAUCGUAAGAGAACCCUUUAAAAUACCUGAAAUGUUUUAUCCAUAUACAGUAAAGUAAACAUCUGCAAGUUUUAUUUUUUAUGUUACAUUUAUACCGCUUGGAGGAUUCAAAGAUAUAAAAUGCAAUCACACUUAGAAUGCCUAGAAAAAUAUACAAAUAUAUUGUCUAGUAGGUUUAGAUCACGGCUGAAAAUCAGGUAGGAAAUGUUGAAACUGAAUAACCAUUUUUCUUUCUUUCACGUUGCUCUGUCUCUCUCUCUCUCGUUGAUAAGGCAUUUUUAUUUUCAGUUUCUGCCAUUCUUGCAAACAAGCCAUAUACUACCAAGUACUGAAUGUUUGGGGAGAGAGGGCAGUGGCACUUUGUGGACAGCAGGGGGAGCCGAACAUCAGCUGCAAGAGGUGAAGUUUAAACUCGGCCUGCCACAGUGAACGAGUUGAAUUUUUGGAUGUUACUGAAUUUCUUUGUUGGUAAAUAUUGUCAUUUUUGUCAGAUUAUGACAACAUCUAUAAGCGUGGCAGUAUUUACCUCCACUGGCACUUUCUUUAAUGGAGUAAAAAGGUUUGCAGUCCGUUGGAGCUGGAAUCUGUUUUUGGCUCCUCAGUCGGUUUCAAAGUGCACUAUGUGUGCUUUGACCCCGCUGGCAGGCCCUUCCACAUGCAGGCCACUGCCCAGUUCCCCCCCCACAAAGAUCAUUAAAGUUUUAUCUUAUCUCGCAAGCCUUGUUGUUUAUGUACAGCUUGAAAUUGUAAAGGGCAAGCAGCGAGCAACGGGAAGCGAAGAAAAUGGUUAUUAAAAAUGCGAGACUGGCUAAUUUUUAUCGCCGCAACUUGGAGGCAAAAUGAGAUCGCAAAUUCAAAGUUUUGGCGACAGAUAAACACGGCCUCCUCGUAUAAUGGUCUUUAAGUGGUUGGAUGAGCAACAUGAAAACAAAACUAAAAGAAAAUAUGGUAGAAUAAAAAACCAUAAACCAAGUUUGAGGACCGAGUGGAUGCAAGAUAAAAGGUUUUGGGAUGGCUUAUUAUACUGUCCCUUGUGGACUAAUUACCACAGUUUUCUCUCUAACCUUAUCCAGCCUUGUUGUAGUGCCAAAUUUAGGGCGGGGGGGCCAUUCAAAUUAUACCACUAUUGUUAAAUUAGAAGUGAGAACUAAAUAGAAAAACAAAAAAAUGCAGGAAUGUUUUCAUACGAUUCUUGUGCGAAAGCAAGUGAUUGCCUUUAUUUUGAAUCUUUAAAUCCUCCAUAAUACAUAGUUUUCAAGUAAAUAGGAGAAAACAGCUAUGAUUAACAAAUACACAGUUACUUUCAUAGACCUUUAAUGUUAAAAUAAAGCGUUAAAAAAAUAUAGGCAAUGUGAUAUAGCUAGUCCCUGUCAUCCAACCGUCACACUAUGACAUACUCAGAAACAGCAUCUGUUCAGAUUUUACAGUCAAAUGUCCAGAUUCUGUUUUGAUUUUUAGGCUUUACACACAUACAGUGAAGCAGCUGUUCAGAUUCUACAGUACAACGCAGCUAUACUAAGCUAUUGCAACAUCUAGAUUGUAUUCACUAUGAUGCUUUCUCCGAACAUGCAGUUAUUACACUAAUCCUGGUGAGGUUUUUAAAAUAAAACAUCAUCAUCAGGUGAUUACCAUCGAUCAGUCCAAAUAAAGCAUGCAGUCCUGUCUACACAGUUUUUACUUUUUUUUUCCUUUCGGGGAGUCCUUUGUUUUUGACGGAGCACAAACUGUAUUUUGAGUGUCCCUUGAUAACGAACGUUCAGUGUCUUUUCGUUAUCCAUGAGGACUAAACACUCUGUGUUCUCAGUCGCUGUAGUCUUUUUCACUUAGUUCGGCUUGAUGAGUUUUAAGUUUUUAAAAAAGAAAGUGUGCAGCAGUGUAAUUUAAAAUACAUGCAUUCCUGUUUUAAGUCCAGCACAUUCCAACUCCUAGUCUGGCAUUCGUUUUCCACACUUAACUAACAUUAAUAUUAAGGAGAAUUUCCAGUGCUUAAUUGUUUUACACAUCUGUUGCAAUAUUUGAUCAUGUAGUAACCUGUCAUAUUACAGUUUAGCAGAAUUUCCCUUAAAUGAAUCCCAUUUUUUCUAAAAACAAAGAGAAAAAAAAAUCCCAUCUCACCCUUUAUUCAAAUUUUGCCAUGAAAUCACAAACCUCAUAUGCUCUUCUGCUUAUGUGGACUGGUUUUGUAGACAACAUGCACUAUGCUAUCACUCUGUCUCUCUCUGUCACUUUUUAUAGAGCAGAGACACCAAUAAUGAUAGUUAAAACAAACAAAAAAAAAACAACAAAAAGAGAAGUCUUCGUGAUGUUGGCCACUGUCUCACCCAGCACAUAUUCUGCCAUCGCUGCAGACUUAGAUCAAAAAAUUUUAGCACUGUAACUUUCAUAAAAGGAGCUGGUGGUGGAAAUUUGCAAAACAGGGGCCAUGCUAAUCAUUAGAAUUUAAUAAUAAUAAUAAUUUAAAAAACUGUACUAGACAAUGUUUGUUUUGACAAACCAAAGAAGGGUUAGGAUAAUUUAAGUUUUUGAAGAAAAUAGCAUUUCUUUUUAAUGUGUGUGGGGUUCUUAUGAUCGGGCUCGGGUUGCUACAGUAAUUAUUAUUAUAACUUUUUUUUUUUUGGUUUUAUGUGUUUUUUCUUCUCAUGGCAGGGUGCUUGUGAAAAUGAAUAUAUGUUUUGUCACUUGAUCAGUUGUUAAUAGUUUUGUGGUUGUGUUAAUUUGCCUAUUGUAGACCAAAAUAGAUCUUUUUCUUUUAUAAGAAAUGCAACAAAACAUAAAAAUGAAUCUGACACAGUAGCUGUGAUGUAAACUAUCGCAUGUAUAAGAUUGUAAAUGUUGCAUUGUUCCUCUGGCAAAACCUAAUACUCAGUAAUCAUCAGUUAUGUCUUCUAUACACACAUUUAGCAGAUCAGUGUACACCUGUUCACCUUCACAUUGGAUUAUAUCUAAAUAGUUUGUCUGAUAUGUGUUUUUUUUUUACUUGGAAUACUGGCACUGUCUAAUACUAUAAGGCUGCCCCGAAAAUACUAAUCUGACUUAGAGUACAUUCAGCCAUUUAUACUUGAAAUGGACCAAGAUGUUAAGUUUGCACAUAUUUGUAAGUUGUUUAUUAAAGCCAAAAACAGGGGAAUAAUAACACACAACUUUUUUCAGUCUCGACAAUUCAAAUCUAGCUGAGGUGCUCACGACAUAUGAACAAAUAUUACAGUCUUUCACGUUCACUAACAAAGAAAGCAUCAGAGCCAGCCAUCAUGUGAUAACAAUAAAAAAAAUCCAUGAAGAAACCAAACUGCAACACGGAUUCAAACAUCACAAUGUGGUCCAAAUAUCCGAUUAGGUCACGGUAUAUUUUUGUAAUAACAAUACAUCAUCUGGAAGCAGAAUGUCAACCAUUUGGCAGAAAUUUGGCAACAAACCAUAUUGUUUUACUGUAGGUGAAUCUGCUGUAUAUUUUUCAUUCUGUGUUAUAAAAAUAGGAAAUUGAAUUACUGUAUUUCAGGCAAUAUUUUGUACCUGGGCCGAAGAUAUUCACAUUGUAAACCAGAAAUGACAUGCGCCCUAAUAAAAAAAAAAAAGCAGCUUAUAUUAUUUUUUUUCUUUUCAUCAAGCUGUCAGGCUUUUUGCUGCCAUAUCAUGUAUCUAGAUGCUUUUGUAAACAUGCACUUGAGUUGAUCUAUGAGAUGUGCUUAUAAAUAUGUGUAUAUUUUGUUAGGCAUUUUUUCUUUGCCUAUGUUAGCUUGAUAUUUUAUUAUUUUCCCUACAAAAAUACUUCUCCUAUAUAGUUAUGAACUUGGCAGAAGUGGAGCUGUUGUAGUAAAGGUAGUUAACAUCACAACUAAGCAACCCUGAAAUAUAUGCUGCAGUAAUGUGUUUUCAGUUUGUUUUUGAUAAUUUAUGCUCCAAGUUGGUUUGUAUUUUAUUACUAUUAUUAUUAUUAUUAUUAUUAUUAUUAUUAUUACUAUUGUUAUGAAACAAGCUUGUUUGAAAUGUAUUGACUGCUGUUUUGAAAUAGGGGAUAAAGAAAAUUUUUUUAUGUAUGUGCAAGGAUGUGUUUAUAAUAUGAUUUGUCAAACACUGGACUGGAGUGAGUUUUCCAACAUUUCCAAGUUGAGAGAUGUAUUUGACAGACAUAACUGCACAGACGACACCCGUUAGCACAGAUGUGAGCUGACAGACGAAGCACAUCCUCCCAGCUGUACAGGGGAGGGUGACACAUGGCCGCCAUCCUCCCGUUCAAAAUAGGAGUCAUUUGGAUGUAAGAAAUUAAGAUAUUUCCUUUUGUGCUGGUUAAUUGCUUUCAUUGGGUGAUGGGUUAUAGGAAAUAUUUAUUAGGGCUUUCCUUCCAAAUUGUUGCAUGGCAUAGACUGGUGACCGAAUUUUGUUUUCUUUCCUUUUCUUUUUUGAAAAAGAAAGAGUGCUCUCUUAAAUAUUCAGAAAAACCCAAAUGGGAUACCACUUCACAGCUAACCAGUUAUCAAAAUCACCUGGUAUGUUCUUUCUAUGGUAGAGCAGAUAUGACAGUUGUGUCUCAUUACACCAAACCACCACUUCUCAAACCAGAAAAGAGAUUUGCACUAGACUGAUUUUGGUCUUCUUCUAUCAAAAGCAAUAUAAUUCACUCAACACAUUUUUCGAACCAUAGUAUCAGACGGUUGUCGCUGUCCCCACAGUGGGAAUGCUGAGUAAAUGGUGAUAUUUGACAAUUUGUUGUUUUUUGGGGUUUUUUUUUGGUUCAAAGGUACAGAAUUGGUCGCCUUUAUAAAUGCACAUGACAUCCACAUAUUGUCGUUCGUAGCAGGGUCGUGUAUUUUUUCCCUAACCCAGCAGUACCCCGAGUAUUAGUGUCCAGAUUUGAGGGGCAUUAAAACUGUUGUUUCCUCCUGUGAUUGUUUUGGACAAAUCAAGCAGCUCUUACAGAUCUGAAGUGAGAGACGGGAUGUUAUGAGGGAAGGAAUCAUUCACCAUCAGUCGAUGUCAAUUGUCUUCAUCACACAGCCGACAACACGUUUUUAAAGAGAAACACAAAUGCCAAAAGAUAAACCCAGCUGUCCACUGUCGUGCACACCUUUCCCAUGAAAACAAAAAACAACAAAAAAAAAAAAACUACACUGGUCUUAGAUCUCUGCAUAUUUGGUCACUUUGAGUGCUUUAUUUCUGGGAUGUUACAAAAAAAAUGCUUUAAAGUGGAAAUGAUGAAAUACUGAAAAUAGAGGUUAAAAAAAACAAUUACAAACCUGCACCUUUUGUGGUAUAAACAGCAUCAUUGGCUACUUAUGUAGAGAAUCCGCGUCCACCAAAAUGUAUCAUACUUCAUCCUUUUUCAACGAGGUCAUUUACAACAGCAGUAAUUACUGACCUUAACGUCAUUAUUUUGUUGAUGGAUAAGUGUAAAUUUUUCAAUAAUUCACAAACAGCAAAACUUCACCAUUUUAUCUGGAUGUAGUAGCUUUCCUGUUUUCACCGCUUUGUGGUGUUGUUGAAAGAUGUUGCGGUUUGUCUAAAUAUGUUGCGUGUUAGAGGAAGCAUAAGUAUGUGCCUUCUUGUAAUCUCCUUGGUGAGCUUGUUAUUAUUGAGAAGCUGAAGCCAGCCAAUUGUGUUUGCACUAAAACCAAAUUGCUUUUGUGAUGUAGACUAUUUAAGCAAGCUUGUUGCGUCACUUUAACCGUACAGUAUGCAUGAGGGUGAAAUUGGUAAGUCUAGGGCUAGAGCUCUCAUCUGUUGACCUGUAAACCAGUGCAGCUUAGAGGAUCUUGUGAAUAUAUCUUGGCUUAGUUUCGCAUUUAGUUUUUCAAUUCCAUCUCCUUACUCAUCAAGUUUUUUCACAUUUUCAACAGUUAAAAGUAAAAUAAAGCAAAAAAAAAUUAAAAAAAUAAAUAAAAAAUCAAAUAACACAUACCAUGAAUACAACACAGCUUUUACUUUCACAUGCCACAGUUAGAGUUACACAACUGCAGAAGAGAUAUUCAUUUUUCCGAAUCCAUGGGAAUGCAUGAGUAUACGAGGUCGCCUCAAGACUAUUGGUCAAAUUAAUUUAGGUUGUUUUCGAAAACUUGUAUUUAUUACAUAUUUUGUUGACAUCUAAGAAAGGCCUACAUGCUUUGAGUCUUACAAAUGCACCUUAUUCAUGUCAGUCCAUGAGGGGGAAAAAAAAAAGGCUGGCAAUGUAAUAGCUCUGAUUUAGCACCUUACUACACAGCAUGUUUUCACUUUAUGCCAGUUUAGCUAUUCUUCCAUAUGUAUGAUUUCAUAAAUAAAUCUCAUAUUUUGUGAAAUUGUUUCAUGGGAUGUGCCAAAGUUUGGAGGCGAUCUCCCAAGUGUUUAUGCUUAUCAUUUUCUUUUCCUCCUCCUUCAGUUAUAGCAACGGUAUGUCAAAACUUUCCUAUAACAGUGUGUGGAAUCAAUUUAUCUCAGCAAACAGUAUCAUUACUUGCCAUUUUACAAUAAGCCCUGUAUUUCACAUAUAUUUACCAGUGAUGUGUAUUUGUUAUUAUAAAGAAAAUAGCCGUAAAAGCUUCAUUAUGUUACAUAAUAUUGUGACUUUUUUCGAAAAACUGUGAAGACUUAUCUUGCAUAUACUUUAUACAGAAGUAUUAAGCCUUAAUACAAAAGACUAAAAAAAGUGUGGAAGAAUAAACUGAUUGUUGCUAAGUAAGGAUGAUUUUUGUAAAUGUUACCAGCACUUUUUUUGUAAUUUUCACUCUCUGAGGUAUUGUACAAGUUCAAGCUGUUUGUGAAGUUUGAUUAUGAAGGAAUAAAAACUAGUACUUUCCUGUA